AUUCUAUCAGUGUUUAUUCAGGGUUAGGUUCUUCUUUAUUGUGGGCUUCAAGGCCAACUCUCUAAUAAUUAAAGAAGAAACAGUAGUUGAAACACUGACAGUAGUCACACAGAAGUCAGCACUUCCAGCUCCCCAGGUAUUAUACAGAAUAUCAGACCGCUAGAAAUAAUAAAUAUUGCCAGCGCUUACACACAGCUAUACAACUUGUCAACACCACCAGUCAGCUCCAGAUUCCAAAACUCGGGCUCGUAUCCGACCUCACUUUCUCCCGCCUGAAUCUUAUUUACUUGCUCCGCUCCUUCACCUCUUGUUGCUUGGUUACCGAUCUUGUUGCUUAGUUACCGUUCUUGUUGAUACGUUUUUAUUGCUCAGUUACAAGUAUCGUUAACUGGUGUUUUGUAACGAGUGAGCUGCGAGAUCCCACAAAAUCUCAGAGAUCAGGGACUCUUGUAACCAUGGUAACCAUGACUCGCGGUUAAUGACGGAGGAGGAAAGCACGCAACAUGUGGUAGUAUUUGCACGGCGGUUCUCAGUAAACUCCCUGAGCUCACCACCAUGUGUAGUAGCGACCCCUCCCACCCUCCCUCCCCUUCAAGUAGCUACAAUACCACUAAAGGACCCAAUAUCAGUGGAAUUAGUGAACAUAAACAGGCUCUACUCAUCCAGUGAUUUACAGAAGAGGAGAGAGGACUUUAGGAGGAAGUAUGAGACUAAAGGCCUGGCUAUAGAUGUUGAUGUUUGUAAGUUAAACCCUCCCCCUCCUCCUCCUAAAGAAGAUGGCUUCAAGCCUAAGAAAUCCUCGGCUCACAGUAGCAAGAGAAUGUCACAGACUAUUUCAUUUGACGAGUACGGCAGAGUAAUCCGUCAGGAGUUUGUGCAGUCAGAAUCAGCUGUAUCCGAGGACUCCUCUGUGUAUGACGAAGAUGAUGAUCCUUUUAACGACGACUUUGAUUUCGGAGAUGCGUUCAGACUGUCAGAAUCACCAGAACCUCAGGAUAAGGAAUGCCAGACCCACUUUGUAAAUCUCACAAUAUCAGUGCUGACCCAGACGCCUACUAACGAUCUGUCCACCACGUCGUGUCAGACUGCUAAAAUAAAACAGGUUGACAGCGGUAUCCAGGUGGAUCCUCCUCCACAGAACGAUCUGAACAAGUUUCCUAACAUUGUAGUUACCCCUCCAGCUGGCAAACUCAACAACUUCAUCGUCAAACCCCCCUCUAUAUUCGCUCACAAAACUGAUUCUACCGGACAAAACUCCUUCACCCCUCAAAAGAACGAGGCUGUAGGUGGUAAUGGGAAAAAGAGUCGCCUUAAAAAGAUGGUCAGUGACUUUCACUCUAAGUACGUGGACAAAACCACCCCUGAGAAGCAACUCAAUCAUAAUAAUGUAGAUAAACCUUCUAAACCGACCGAUCUUCCCAACAAGAAGUCUACUAAAAGUAUCAAGCAGUUGUUCGAGUCGAAGAAGAAGAACGUCGAGACGAGUUCAAGCAAACUGGAGUUAUCAGAUAAACUGAAACACGAGCUGAGGAACUCUAAAACUAGUGUGAAGAAUCAGAUAGGUGCUAUAUCAGCAAAAGAGGAGGAGGAGAUUCCUCUGCUGGAACAGCUGCUCAAAGAGAUCGCUAACCUCCCUCUCUAUAAACUCAUAGAGUUUGAGAAGGGUUUUGUUAAAAGCAUUACCGACCGAGAACUGCUGGAGAUCGUGAAGACGCGGUUCAGAAACAAGAGUGACCAGCAACUGAUUGAUAUUAUGAAGGAGCUUGUCAAGAACAUAGAUGUAGACGAUAUGUACGAUAUCUUUGAACAAUACGUCAACGAACGACCGUACAGCGAGUGCAAGAUAUUAUCAAUGAAGAUCUGCGAGAACUUGCUAAACAAGAAGGACAUGACAGAGCUGAUGAUGAGGAACUUCAGCUCAAUGUCAGAGAACAACAAGAAAGUGUUGGCUACAAGUCUGCUGGAAGACCUCCCUUACGAGUCCAUGAAGAAAGUGAUAGAACUCCAGCUACCUAAACUGAAAGAGAAAGAUAUCCCGAACGUUCUGAACAACAUACAGACAGAUCCCAACAAGAGAGAGUUCGAGAAAGCUGUCAGUAUCCUCUCCAGUAAGUUAUCUGGAGACGAGACUCAGAAACUGAUCCGGGAUCUGGGAAGAGGGAUGAAACACGAGGAGAUAUCUAAAGCUAUAAAGCAUUUGUUCGACUACCUCCCCAAGCGUGAGAGCGAGAGUUUAGCAAGACGUUAUGUGGAGGUUAAGAAGGUAAUGGUGGAAAGGUGGACUGAGACUAAAGCUAUAGAAGUAAGAAGUAAGCUAGUGUCUAAACAAACGGGCACUGACCCUCCCAAGCAGGAGAUCAAGGAAGCUAGGGCAGAGAAAUCCAGGAAAGUAGUGGUUCUGCAGGGAGAGAGUUGGUUCGCUAACGACAGGAGAUGUGUCAACAGGAUGACCCAAACAGACGCGGUGAACAGACUGCUCUUCAAGGACAAGACAGACCUACAGAACGCAGCUGAAACCAUGAACAAAGCAAAGAAGAGGUUCCUUGAGAAGUCUAAAGACACUAACAGCAGGUCUAAGAGAGAGGACGUAAUGAUCGGGGGCUCCAGGACCCCCACUCCCAACUCUCUAGCUCUCAGCUCAGUAGAGACUGAUGGUUGUAGGAGGAGUAGUCCGGCCAGUCCCGCUCUUAUGAGUCCGGGUCUGAUGAGUCCUGGUCUGAUGAGUCCUGGAUUAAUCAGUCCCUCUGUUACGAGUCCUGCUUCUGUCACUGUCUCUACCAGAAAGAACCUUCUGGAAGAAAUAGAACGAUUGAAGCAAGAAAAGCAUAGUAUAUACGAUGACUACCAAGAGUACUUCAAUCUGGCUCUGGACCAGGAAGAAGAAAUACAUUACUUGGAGGAUGAACUGGAACGAACUAAGCGACAAAUAAACGAUCAAGAACUGGAGCUACAUUACCUGAAGGAGGAGCGAGAAGUGGCCUACAAGGACAUCAGGGAUCUGGAGGAUGAACUAGCAGACUCCAGACUCAUGAUUCACGAUCUCCGUAACAGACCUCUGACAGUUCUCACCACUAAUCAAGAUGGAAAGAAAGUGAACAUAGCCAACACAGACAGACUCACGAAGGAGCUGGAGAAAUUCCAGGGUCUGGACGAGGAGCUGGCUUUACUGCAGGAAGACUUCCUGUUGAUGGAACAAAAGUGGCUUGCAGAGCAAAAAAGGAAGAAGUAUUUCGAGGAUCAAGCUCUGAUAGAAGAAAAGAAGACGAAAGAGAUAUCUCAACAACUCUACAUGAUAAUGACUAACGAGCUAACUCCUGCUAGUUUCAAGGAGAAGGUGAUGAAGCAAGACCCAUCCUCUCUAGCUGAGCUCCCUCAACUAACUGGCUCCCAACUAAACGCUCUCCUCACUCUCUUCGUGGCAGCUGGAGCUCUACCAGAAGAUAAAGUCCCGAAGAGCAGUGAGAUCUUCACUCUGGAGGAACUGCAGAAGUCGGGACAGUAUACUAGCGACCAAGCUGCAAGUCUGCUGACAGGAAAUAUAUCUUUCCACCCUAACGCUGGACUAUACGGAGGAGUACCUGGAGGGGUACCUGGCGGGGUACAUGGCGGAGUGCCAGGGACACAUCAAACAUCUCUCGCGCCAGGGUUGGUGUACACCAACAAACAGGGAGGCUCUCCUCUGGGACCCGCUCAACAAGGGGGCUCCCCCCUGAGUCCUGGUCAAACUGCCCCUCCAGCCCCUCCCGCGCCAAAUGCGCCUAGAGCGCCUCUUCCACCACCUGCCCCUCCAGCUCCCAGACCACCUAAUGCGCCUCCUCCACCGACCGCUCCACCCGCUCCUCGCCCUCCCAACGCACCUGCCAUAGGUCGGACAGCGCCCCCUGCGCCUCCUCCACCUAAUGCACCUCCUAAUGCGCCUCCCCCGCCGCCCCCUCCACCCGCAGCACCCCCCGUCCUGGAUUCACGUAUGAUGGCUGGCAAACAGACUCCUGGAGGACCACCACCCCCUCCAGCACCCCCGGGAGCUUUUGUACCCAGAGGCAGAUUGGAGGACCUCAAGAACAGAAAAGGAAGGAAAGCCAGAAACAACACGGUGAUAAAAAAGAAAACUCUAACAUUCGGUCCUACCAAGCCUUUAAAGGUAUUUAAUUGGGCAAAGCUGCCCGAUGCUAAAGCUGCUAACUGUAUCUGGAAAGAUAUCGACGAAAUCGAUAUGGUUACGAUGUUGAAUUUAGAUGAGAUUGAUGAACUUUUCCAGUCCAAAAAAUCUGUUAAGAAAGACGGUCCGGGAGACGGCAAGAAGAAAUCAAUCAAAAUUAUUGAUGCUAAGCGUGCACAGAACUUUACGAUUCUGAUAAAGAAGUUUAAGAAGACGAACGAGGAAUUGCUAAGUAUUGUAAUGAACUGUGAUAAAGGAGACGAGAUCUCUCUUGACAUGUGGGAGCAGUUGUUACGGUAUGUCCCUACUAAAGAAGAAAUACAGUUGCUGACUGAUUUAGAAACAGAUGAACAAACCCUAUCCUCCCUAAGCAGAGCGGACCGGUACUUCCAUGGUGCAGCCAGUAUUUAUCACUACGAAGAACGAAUCAAAGCUGUAAAUUUCAAGAAGAAAUUUGAUGAGCGGAUAAAGAACAUAUCUCCCAAAAUCAGAGCACUGAUAAAGGCUUCCACUGAAGUUGUUAAAAGUGAGAAGCUGAAAGAAAUGUUAACUUUGAUUCUAGGAUUCGGCAACUACUUUAACUUCGGAAAACGUGGAAAUGCCGUGGGAUUCAAACUGGAGACCUUAACUAAAAUAUGCGAUACAAAAUCAGCUGAUAAUCAACUCACAUUGCUAGUUUACAUUGUGGAGACUGUGGAAAUGAUUUUCCCAGAUUUGGACACGUUUAUGGAUGAAAUAGCGCAUGUUCCUGUAGCAGCUAAAGUAGCCUUGGCGGAACUAAAAGCAGAUGUUAAUGAUCUGCAAGGUGGUAACAGACUUCUGAUCAAAGAAGUGGAUCACAUGCAGAAGAACCCGUCUCUUAAAGGUGCCUCGGUGUUCCAGCAGCAGUUUAAAGGCUUCCUAAAGGACAUUGCGGACACCAUGACGGAUCUGGAGCAGAUGAUGGGUGCUAUGAAGAAGAAGUACACCAUAGCAACCAGUCACUUUGCUGAGAGUUCUAAUGUGGAGCCUGAAACUUUCUUCGGAUAUUUUAACAGUUUCAUCAUGCAGUACACGGACGCAAAAGAUAUUCUCGCGAAGAAGAGAGAGGAAGAAGAAAAGAAAAAGAGGAAGCAGUUAGCAGCAGAAGCUCUCCCCUCCGGAGCCUCGUCCCCCACCAGCCGGUCCCGACCCCUGUCGCCUCACAUGCAGAGUACCUCCACCUCUCCUCUACCUCCGGAGCUUAUUGUGGACUUGCUUCCUUCUUUAGAGACGUUAGAACAGCAGGACCACAACCUUCUCAUGAACGAUCUCUUCUCACCUCAAACAGACACGAACGAUAAUACCGUAUCACUCAACGCUGGGUCUAUGAGGAGGAGGAAAAAGAAGAGGCAACAAUCUUCAAGUGUCUCCAAUAUGGAGCGAGAGCGCUGACAAUUCUAAAUAGUUAUCAGUAUUGUUACCAUGGCAAUAUGUGGUUUACAAAUUAUAAUUGGUAACACAAUCGUUGGACUUUAAUUUUUAAUUUGAUUAUUUAAAGAUACGUUUUUUUCGUUAACCUUUUAAUUGAAAGAGCUGUCGAGCAACUCAAUUGUCGAUCAAUAAUACAAUAUUAAGUUAUGAAAAAAUUUUCAGAGGACUAUAUACAAUUAUACAGGUUAAGAUAGGUUAACAAAUUUUCUACUGUUUUAUUUGUUGUUUUGUAGUUUAUAUUUGAUUUAUAAUUUGAGUCGGGAUCUUGUGCAAAUUUAGUAUUAU